AAUUCAUCUGCGCUUGGGGGUGCUAUGGUUCCUGCUCCUUGUCAACACACUUUUUUGGUGUCUCUCAACCACAUUGCAUCGCCGCCCGCCCGCCCCAAUGCGCAAUCAUCCCACCUAGACGCCUCCUCGCGAUGGCCUCAAGCGCUCCCCGGCGCCAGGGCUUCCGCCCCCGGGCCGAUGCCCUCGUCCUCUCGACCAAGACCGGCACCCUCCCCGACUAUCCAGCCGAAAUCGCUCCCAUCUUUGACCCGGCCAACUACACCAAGCCCGUCUCGCGCUGCGCUACCGACACCCACGACCAGGUGUACCCGCCCUCCGCCGAUCCCUACGCGCCCGCGCCCGUCCCGGACCGGCCUCCACACCUCGCCGAUCCUUACCUCCGCGCCUACCUCGCCAGCAACGAGCGCCUCCGCCUCUCCAUGCUUUGGUAUUACACCCACGACAUCUUCAAGGAGAAGGAAUUCCUCCUCGGACUUCAGGAAAAGGCUGCCGUUGCCCAGGAGUCCACCGGCUGGGAAUACGUCGUCAUCGGCCUGCUCGACGUCCAUGUCUAUACCCGCCUGGCCACCGUCGGCCUCCCGCUGGGCAUCCUCCCACGCGGCGAGACCUUGUGCGCUCAUACCGUCACGCAGCCCCCAGGGAGUGUGUUUCUGUUGCCCAACAUGACGGAGGACUGGCGGUUCCGCCAGAGCCCCUACGUCGAGCAUGGUGGACUCGUUGCCUACGCCGGCGUGCCGCUGCGGCUCCAGAACGAGUCCGGACAGUCUGUUGGGCUCGGCUCGCUGUGCGUAACAUCCAGCACCAGCCAGGAGCCGCUUACCCGGACCCAACAGAGCACCCUUGCCCGGCUGGCUGAUUGGGUCGUCUCGGAUCUUGUCCAGUGCACCAGGGCGAGGCGCCAGAGAGUUCGCCGCGAAAUGACUGAUCUCUUGGCCAAAGCGCAGAAGCUCAUGGAUCAAACGGACUCUGAGGAUCCAGUGUACGACAUCCUGGCGAUCAUGUAUCCGACCGCGGAUGUCGCUCUCCAGCCUUACAAGGGGGGCGAUGUGCAUAUCGACGGGCUUGAUCCAAUUCAGGCCUGUGACAUUGAAGACGGCAUCUGGGAAGAUGUUGACUUCCUUGACGACUUUAUUGCCCAUUCCAACCACCAGGAUUUGCCGACGGACAGGAUCGUGCGCCUACUGACGGCGCAGUGCGAAAGCGUCUCGGGGGCGUCGUUGCUCAGCGUUGCGUCCAAAAAUUAUCGCCACGUCUUUGACGACAUCGACUCGUGGUUCCUGCAGUCGUGUGCAACCAUGCUGACAAGCAUGUGGCAGAAAAGGCUGCUCAAUGAAGCCAUGAAAGCGAAAGAGAGGUUCCUGCGUGGCUUCUCGCAUCAGUUGCGGACGCCGUUGCACGUCAUCCUGAGCUCGGUCGAGCUGCUGGCAGAAGAGAUGAAGACGCAGACUCUACGCGAGCUGUCGAGAACGACACCUGCGCUGCUGCAGCUCGCUCAGGCCGUGGACUCUGAGUCGCCUAUCGUGUACCUCGACACAAUCAAGAGUGCCGGGCGAGAUUUGAUCAACAUUGUCAACUCCAUGAUUCUGCUAAGCCGGUGGGCCGACAUUGCGGCUAAGGAGCGCAACUAUGCCCUGCACACGAUACACGACGUCGAACAGGAGCUGAACAAUGAGAUCAGUAAGGUGCUAUCAAGCGAUUCGCGAUAUUGCACCACGGUCUUCUUUCACCACAACCUCCGUAGCGAGCGCGAUAGCCUCAAGAUCGACCUGGCACUACUUCGUGACAGUGUGCUUCCACUGGUCGUGAAUGCCAUCCAGAGCGCGCCUGAUGGCAUGGUGGUCGUUACCAUCACCAUAUCACCGAGCACGAAGGAACUUCUUGUCGACGUGCAGGACACCGGCUGUGGCAUCCUCGAAGAGGAUCGGGAGCGCAUCUUCGAACCUUAUGAGCGUAUUGAUGCCACCGAUACAAUUGGCGCCGGACUCGGGUUGAGCUUGGCAUCGAGAUUUGCAACCUUGAUGCACGGCUCUGUGGAGCUAGUAGCUUCUCAAAAAGACCGCGGGUCGCACUUUCGAGCGUCCUUCAAGGGCGUCGAGUCAUCUCUGUCGCCCUCGCCUCUCAAGAAGCUCGCCUCAGAGCUCGGCCGGCUGCCACGACAGUUUGAUUGUGCACGAGAGUCGGACGGGACGCACCUGUCACUCUGCGCACAGUUCUCGCAGUUUCUAUCAACACAAGGAUUCGCUGUGUCUGAGGAUCUGUCAGAUGCGCUCCGUUUCUUCGAGUACCACCCUGACCUCCAGAAGGAUUUGACGCCGCCUGGCAACAUUGCCAUUUGCCUCGUGCCGUCUUGCCACGCGGAUAGAGCGCCGACACAGACCUGUGAGGGUGUUGUCUAUGUUUCCGCGCCAUUCUCGACCUCGAAGCUGCGUGCCGCGCUAUAUGAGGUAGACAGGAUGCUUGCUGCUGCUGAGGAAGCUCGCAAGCCUGCUGACGAAGGCGGCUGCGAGUCUGCGACACAAAAUAAGGAGCUCGCCCCCCAAACAGACGAUGUCGAUCAUGAUGAAAGAGUUCCAUCACCCUCUGUGGUUGAGCCGAAGGCAGCUAUUCUCAACCUUGUGGAGGAUCGACCACAGAAAGACCAAAAUGCGGACGCAAGUGAGGAAACAUUGGCGGCAAGAAAGCCCGAGGUGGCAACGGAAGAGAAGACGCUAUCAGCCAUCAAUAGCCCAAUCAGGGGAGCAGCCGUCAAGCCAGUCGCUCUCCUUGUCGACGACAACUCUGUCAAUCUCCGCAUCCUGCAAAUGUACUGCAACAAGAGGAAGAUCAGCUAUUUCUCGGCAGCUGAUGGCCAGCAGGCUGUCGACAUCUACAAGGAGAGGCAAUCACUGCAUGCGUCUGGCCAGGGCGAAGCAAUAUCAUUGGUGCUCAUGGACCUGCAGAUGCCUGUGUGCGAUGGCAUCGAGGCGACACGCCAGAUCCGGCAGCUUGAGCAAGACAAGCAGUGGCCCCGAAGCUCAUUGUUCAUCGUCACGGGCCAGGACGGCCCAUCAGACCGCGCAGCAGCCGAUGAAGUCGGCGCAGAUGACUAUUUUGUCAAACCCGUCAGCAUAAAGUUUCUGGACGCGGGCGUCAAGCAGCACUUUCCAGACUUCAAGACGUCUUGAUGCUUCCGUCGGGACGGCAAUUUCACAAAUGCCACAAAGAGUAACGUGACGUAAUUCGAUAGGAAGCACUGUACAUUAUACACGGGUGUCAGGUGCUAGGGUCGGGAUUUGGCGUUUUCCGAAGCGAGUGUUUUUAUUGCUCUUUCUUUUGUCUUGUCCGUUACCGGACUGGUCGGUCUUCCAUUUGGUAUCGCGGAAUGACGACAACGAGUGAUGGCCAGCGAGCAUAUUGCAUAAGCGCGUCUAUUUAGCGAUAUAUCAUGUAUACGAAGGGCGUUCUGGGUGUCUGGCACUGCCACGAAGCGAGCAGCAUUGGCUGGGAAAAUCAAACCACAUCGAGCCCAGCUCGUGCCAAUUGUGGUAAAUUGUCUCGACCGUGUGUGGACAUCGUCUUCUUUCCACGUUAAGGAGGUCAUGGUCACAGCAAUGAAGCACUU